AUGUCUUUCCGCGCCCUCUUCACUGCCGGCCUCGCUGCCUUUGCUCCCCUGGCCUCGGCCUACACCACUCCCCAGGGCGACCCCACUGGUAAUGCCAUCUACGAGCCCGGUCUCAACAGCAUUGUCCCCGUCGGCAAGCCUUUUACAAUCACAUGGGAACCCGACACCAAGGGCAAGAUCUCGCUUGUUCUGCUCCACGGCCCAUCCACCAAUGUGCAGCCCAUCCAGACCAUUGUCGAAUCUAUCGACAACACUGGCAGCUACGACUGGACCCCCGAUACCCAUCUCGCGCCCAACAAGACCUACUACGGCAUUGAGUUGAUCGUCGAGGGCACCGGACAAUACCAAUGUAUGCAGCAUGAGGCUAUGUCAAUGCAAUGA